GUGUCCUCCUGUCAUAUAUAUAUCGCUACAUCUACAUGCGUGUGGCGGCCUGGGCCUGGCAGCCUAUCACGGUGUCAAAGCCGUCAAAGUCAAUGCGUCAUUAGUUUCCUAUUCCUAGACUAGCAAGCAGCAAUUUCAAUUUUCAAGUUCUGAACAAGUCUUUGGAAUUGCCAGAAUGAGUCUUCAUCCCGAGACCGUCGAAGCCCUUGCAUGCUUACGGUCUUGGUAUGAAGCAGGGUUGGUGGGGGAGGUUGAUGUUGUCAAACAUUACGAAGAUGAUGUCGAUCAUGCUUCGGCCAGGUAGACUACGCGUAUCAGACGUUGGAAUCUCGCAAGUUGCAACAUUGCUUAUGUUGUGCACCGGCACAAUGACAUCUGGCAACAUCGAAAGAGAAGAGGAUGAGAAAGCAGAGCAGCAGACGACGGGAGUGGAGACGAUCCUAGCCGUAUCCAACUGUAUCGCACCUCGAACAUCGAACCGAACACCGCACAUCGAACACCGAACAUCGAAUACCGAACAUCGAACAUCGAACACCCAGAACCGAACAUCGACCUACGAACCCCCGACAAAUAACAUCAAAAGAGGAGCACAUUGCCUUGCCUCGUCACAUUAUCCGACCAAUCAAGCUAUCGAAGCAAUGGAGGAAGACGAAAAUGACUUGGCGAACGACAAGCAUGUGCUAUUUGCUCAACGCACAGUAGCCAAGAGAUUUCACACGAAACUCGUCACCCGUAUUGGCAACUUUCUGAACGAGAAGCCGAAGGCCGACGAUGUAAGGAGUAACAUAUCCGAACUCGAAGCUGCCCUGAGAAGAGUAGUAGCGCUCCAUACGCGCUACGCCAGCCGGCCAACUUUAUCAGAGGAGGAAACGGCAGCUGCAAUCACAUGGCUCGACAACGUUCAAGAUUCCAACGGGAGCUGUCUAAACCGAAUGAAGUCGUACCUCUCCUCCCUGGACCAAAAUUCAGCCCGGAAGGGAAAGAAUACAUCCGGUCAAUGGAGUGUAAGCCAGCAUAGAAGCCGCGCAGAUGAAGGCACAACACCGGACCUAAGCAUACGCUCACAUCAGCCACCGCUCGAUGUAAAUCUCAAUCUAGAAGCUCAAUUGCAACAAGCCAAGCAAGAUCACGAGCGCACACUCGCCGAGAUUAAAAAAAGAGGAGAAGAAAACCUAAGCAAAAUUCAAGCGGCAAUCAAUCAACGGGAUGGCGUCUGUCCAGAAAAUCUUCGACAACCACCCCAUCCAUUCGCCUCUACGCCUAUAGCAUCAGCGGUUACAACGCAAGUCAACCAGCAGCCAAGAAGGUUCCUACAGUUCGAUACAACCACGUCUCACAGAGAGCAACAGUCGCCAUCAGCGCAGUACACGCAUCCAUCUUCAGGGCCAUCCAACUAUCCGCCACCAGCUCAUUGGCCAAAAAUAGCGAUUUCAAGAUUUAAUGGCGAUUGCCGCCGCUGGCCGGCUUUCGCCCAGGUGAUGAGAGCAACUAUAGAGGAAACUACACUACCAGACCUUUACAAAGUGCUAGCUUUGCGCGAGAACCUUACUGAAGACAUCCAGAAGAGAAUGGCGAAUCUUUUCAACGGCUCUUACACUUAUGCUCAAGCCUGGAGCGAGCUAAAGGACAAAUAUGGUGUGCCCGCAUUGAUUAUUCAAGCCCACAUCCAGCACUUGCAAAUGGUCCAAUCAUUCCGUAACGGCGAUUUCAAGUCCCUCGCCGACCUAGCCUCUCUCGUCCGGCAUGCAGUAUCUAGCGUAGCCGGAGACCCAAGCAUGAACGAAUUCACGCACUCAACGGUCGUCAACCAGCUCGCCACUAAGUUGCCUUUCAAUUUGCAACAGGACUGGGGACGUUAUGCUUACAAUCUACGUCCAAAGGUCUCUUCCUUAGCCGACUUUGACCGCUGGAUUGACGCCAUUGUAGGAGCGGAAGAGUUGCGCGGCGCCAAACUCAACAAUUACGUAACACCGAAGCAAAACCCGCCACCGCGCCCUGCACUACCUUUCCCGCCAACAAUUCUAAAAAAUUCCGUCGCGUUCAAGAUUCCAAAUUCCGUCGAAAGCCCAUCCGAGAGACCCAAUCGAGCAGACAACCAAUGGCCUGCAUGUCCAGCUUGCAGCGAUAUCCCUGGCCAUCGUCUCGAAGCAUGCAGCAUAUUCCGAAAAAUGUUGCCGUCUCAGCGAGCAGCCCUUUGCGGAGAAAAUAACCACUGUUUCAAGUGCUUGCUUCCCGGACACUAUGGGCGAUCCUGCAGGAACACCGACGUGGCGUGUAAUGCCUGCCCCGGCAAGCACCACCCUCUCAUUCAUGGAGCCGAACGCGUUUUUCCUGGAAAGCCUCAGCCAAAAGGUAAAGCAACUCUCCAGAUUUUAUUAGUUCACGCACCAAAAACGUCGCCGAAACCCGUCCUACUCGCCAUAACCCCAAUAGUCGUUCAUAGUGACAAAGAAACCACCCUUACAUUCGGCGUUCUUGAUCCUGGUAGUGAAGCCACUCUUAUAAAAUCAAGUCUCGCACAAAGGCUUCGCCUCAAAGGAGCUAAUCAGAAAAUACGAUUUGGGUCAUUCCAUAACGCCGUUCUACUCGACUCUAGCGUUGUCAACUUCGUCAUUGAAUCUGCCGAUAAAGCCAGGACAUUUCAAGUAACCGAUGCCUUCACCGUCCCAGAUAUCCAGCUGUCACCACGUAAUAUCAACUGGCAUACAGAAAAAUUUGAAUGGCCCCACCUCUCCGACUUAAAUUUGCCUCCUAUCGACUCAUCUAAAGUAGAAUUGCUUAUCGGAAUGGAUAUAGUAGACGCGCACGAAAUUUUAGACUCUCGAAUAUCCAGCCACAACGAACCACGCGCUAAUUUAACAGUAUUUGGUUGGGCGGUAGUAGGAAAAAUCCCACCCUCUCUGAUCCGCGGACCGAGCGCAAAGCGAAAUGUAAACGUCAAUGGAAUAUCCCCCACUUUGCAGCUAAUCGAUCUCGUACAAAAAUUCUACAGCACAGAAACGUUCGGAGUAGACAUUCAGGCGACAAAACCCAGCUCCCCCGAAGACGCUUUAGCAAUCAGCAUCCUAAAAUCGUCAAUCGUAAAUAUUCGUUGCGGAUGGCAAGUCGAUCUCUUGUUCAAAUCACCAAACCCGAACAUGCCAAACAACCGCGCACAUGCAGUGUCGCGUUUUUACGCUGUCGAACGUCGCUUAUUGUCCCAAGAAAACAAAGUCAACGCUAUUCGUUAUCGUGAAAUCAUUGAAGGUCAUCUCGCAAAUGGCUACGCCAUCGAAGUCCCGUACGACCAGCUGCAACUCCCUUUCGGAAAGGUUUGGUAUCUCCCCCACCAUUUCGUCACUAAUCCGAAUAAACCAAACAAAAUCCGUGUGGUUUUUGACUGUUCAGCUAAAUUCAACAACGUCUGCCUUAACGACUUUCUCCUACGUGGCCCUGUCUUACUCUCCAACUUAACCGGCGUGCUGCUCCGAUCGCGGCAGUAUUUAGUCGCUGUAUCUGCAGAUAUAGAAAGCAUGUAUCACCGAGUCGGAGUCACCCCCAAAGACCAAUCCGCAUUACGCUUCGUAUGGCGCACUCCAGGCAGUGACGAACCGCUCCGAACACUACAGAUGACGACGCAAGUUUUUGGAGCCAUCUCCUCGUCCACUUCCUCAUUUUGGGUCCUGCAGCACGCAGUAAACAGCAAUUCGCAAUUCCCAGCCGUAGCUAAAAAACUCGUCGACAAUUUCUACGCAGACAACUUAAGCAACUCGUUCGAAACCGAAGAGGAAGCCAUCCUCUUCUCAAAACAGGCCGUCAAGUCUCUCGCGUCCGGAGGCUUCCGUCUAACGGCGUUUGCUUCCUCAUCCCGACGCCUUUUAGCCUCCAUUCCAGCUUCAGAACGAUCGAACAAGUCACUCAAUUUAGAUUUCGACAAAUUGCCGAUUGAAUACUUGCUCGGCCUCGUAUGGGUUUGCGACGUCGAUUGCUACCGUAUCCGAAUCCGGCCAAUGGAAAUGGUCACAUCGAAGCGUCAAAUGCUGUCCGCAAUGUCCCGCACUUUCGACCCAUUAGGCAUCCUUCUACCCGUUAUCACUCAAGCAAAAAUUCUGUUUCAAGCGACAUGGCGAACAACCCAAGAACGCGUACCGGCCCGAAAAUCAGGCUCUCGUUUAGAAGCACUAGGUUGGGACGAAACGUUGCCAGAUGGAAUCCUGCUGAAAUGGAACUCUUGGUCCAAAGAGCUACCAUCGUUAGAAAAAAUUUCCAUCCCACGAUGUUUCAGAACGGCAGAUCUCCCCCUUAAAGAUAGCCAGUUCGAAUUGCACCUUUUCUCAGACGCGUCGUCCGACGCAUUUGGCGCAGUAGCGUACCUUCGAACCAUCGCCAAAGGAAAGAUUCAUCUGAGCUUUGUUCUUGCUAAAGGCCGAUUGGCUCCUUUAAAGUUACUCUCUAUCCCCCGCCUCGAGCUCCAAGGCGCAGUCACCGCUGUUCGACUAGCAAAAACGAUAAAGGGCGAAUUAAGAUUGCCCAUUGCAGAAUACUAUUUCUGGACGGACUCAGAAAUAGUCCUUCGCUGGAUCCAUUCUUCCCACUGCAACUAUUCCAGCUUUGUUUCACAUCGCGUCGGCGAAAUUCUCCGGCAUUCAGAACCAGAACAAUGGAGAUUCAUAUCCGGAUCAAAAAAUCCCGCCGACGACUGCACGAGAGGAAUGUCCCCCUCCAAGCUAGAAUCUUUUUCUCAAUGGUUAGGUGGACCAGCAUUUCUGACGGAACCUUUGUCUCUCGAAUCAGGACAGGCCGAGCUACUACCACUCGGAACUAACGACACCGAGUGGUGCCCAAAAAGAACAGUCGGCCACGUAAAUGUAGAACCAAUCCCGUCCCAGCUAUCAGCGCCUAUUAACGAAAUAAUUCGCCACCACGAAACUCUCAACGACUUGAAACGCAGCGUAGCCCAGCUAUAUCGCCCCGCCGAAGACAAAACGCCACUCCGUGCCGAUGAGUUAGACCAAGCGCUUACUUUAUGUCUGUCAGCAGCAUGUCACGAAGCAUACCCUCAAGAAUAUGCCGCCAUAUCCGCCGGAAAGAACGUAAAAAAUACCUCUCCUUUACGAAAAUUGAAUCCGUUUAUCGACAAGAAUGGGCUCCUCCGAGCCGAAGGCCGCCUCAAACACGCUGAAAUCUCCCCCGAGGCUCGCAAUCCCGUAAUUCUAGGACUUAAUCACCACCUAACCACCCUCAUUAUAGCCGACGCCCAUCAGAAGGUACACCAUUCAGGUGUAGAAUGGACUUUAAGUGAGCUACGAUGGAAAUACUGGGUGCCCCGUGGUCGACGCCAAAUCCGAAAAAUGCUGUACAAAUGCCGCGAAUGUCGCCUGUCUCGCUCCCGUCCAAAACCGCCCAUUAUGGCAAGCCUGCCAAAAGAACGUCUUCAAGCAUUCUUACCAGCAUUUACAAAUGUAGGACUAGAUUUCUUCGGCCCACUUUAUGUUGUCAUCGGGAGAAAAACGGACAAAAGAUAUGGUCUAAUAAUCACUUGUCUCGCAACACGAGCUGUUCAUCUAGAGGUAGUCUGGUCACUAACAAGCGACGCUUUCAUCAACGCCCUUCGCCGUUUCAUAAGCGUCCGUGGAAAACCCGCCUCCAUAUUCAGCGACAACGGGACCAACUUAGUAGCAGGAGAAAAGGAAUUAAGAGAAGGAAUCGACAAACUCAAUUCAGAAAAGGUCACUACGCACGCGGCCGAGCUAAACAUCAAAUGGAAUUUUUCGCCACCGUCUGGACCGCAUUUUGGUGGAGUUUGGGAGCGGAUGGUGCAAUCCAGUAAGCGAGCACUCCGCGCAGUCCUCCAAGAUCAGUCAGUCACCGAUGAAGUACUUCAAACUGUGUUCAGCGAAGUCAUGUCCUUGUUGAACGGCCGUCCACUCACCAACGUCCAUAUGGACCCCCGCGAACCAGAAGCUCUCACGCCCAACCACUUUAUUCUCGGUCGUCACGAGCCCCACAUUCCACCAACCAUCACAGACGACUCGCACAAACUUACUCGCCGCCGCUGGAUGCAAACGCAAUUCAUCGUAGACCAGUAUUGGGCCAGAUGGAUGCGCGAGUACGUUACAAAUUUAAUCGAGCGCCAAAAAUGGUUCCGUCCGACAAAGCGCCUCGAAGUCGGAGACGAAGUCAUCAUAAUCGAUGAAAACAAUCGGCGCGGAGAAUGGCCAGUUGGUGUAGUGAUAAAAACCCUCCCCGACAAUCAAGGCGUCGUCCGAAAGGCCAAAGUAAUCCGCAACCGGAAUAAUCGAUCCAUCGUGGUGGCCGGAGUGUUGUGCACCGGCACAAUGACAUCUGGCAACAUCGAAAGAGAAGAGGAUGAGAAAGCAGAGCAGCAGACGACGGGAGUGGAGAGUAAAAAACCUCAAGAAGAAUCACGUUUUCUCUCGUUCUGA